CUGUCGAUUUAAGAUUCUCUAGGUUACGUUACGUUGUUCGUUGUUGCAAUAAUUCUAGUUUCAGUCGCAAGUCCUUUUUUGAACAUAAUAUCGUAAUACGUCAUUAAAACUUCAGGAAGUUGUAGGUUGUAGUAGUUUAGUUUGAGUUUCUGUCUACACUCUACUCUGGACUGAGGUUGUCGUUGUAAUCUAAACUAAAUCUAUCUAUCAAACAUCUACAUCACACAUCUAUCUUGUUGGUUGUAGAACGUUUCUGUAAACUUUUAAAAUCAAUUUUUUUGUAUUCUUUGUUGAAAUAGUGCCUUAAAUAUGGAAUUCAAUUACAACUUAAAUGAAAUCUUCCAAAAUUAUAUUUCCAAAGUAUGUAACACUCUGCUACCAGCGGAUUUCAACGGUGACAGAAAAAGAGCAUCACAUGUAGCAAGCCAAGUGGCGGAUAUAGUAGACUCCAUGGGACUGGCCUCAGCCAAAGCACAAGGCCUACACCAUCCUAUCACCAGUGCAGAGAAAUCAAGAAACUGUGAUCACACUCUCUAUAUCAUGAUUGACCCUAGGGAAAACCAUGGAAACGGAAGCGUUGUCGGUAUUCUGAAGAUGGGAGUGAAACAUUUGUUCCUGUUUGACGCAACUGGCAUGGUCCAUGAGAAGGAGACGUUGUGCGUACUUGACUUCUAUGUCCAUGAAUCAAAGCAGAGGACUGGACUAGGAAAGAUAAUGUUUGACUAUAUGUUGGAGGAUAAAGACACUGUGCCUUGUAAACUAGCGAUUGACAAACCAUCUCAAACAUUCUUGUCCUUCCUGAACAAGCACUAUGGGUUAGCAAAGAUAUACCCUCAGAACAACAACUUUGUUCUGUUUGAAGGCUUCUUCGAUGAAAAACGUGAUGUUUCUUCCUCUCUGGAAUCGCUUGAAAACUCGUAUGUAUCCGAGAAGUCCAGGCAUGAAAAGGAGGUUCGCGACAACAAUCAAUCUGUAACUGACAGACGUGAACGGGAAGACUACUUGCCACACCUGUAUGGCCGGCACACUGCAUUCAAACCGCAUGACACCAUGGGAGACAUUAUUGGGGACGGUUCAACUGGUCACAACCAGUCUCCGACCAGGAAUGGAGAAUAACCUGGCUCACUCCGUCCGACAUGAACCAACACUCCGCUCUCUGGUAGAGAGAGUUUUCCUGUAACGUUUAUUUAUUUUUACGAUAUUACAUUUUCACUUUGUAAAUAGCAGUUUUUUUACUUACUUUUAAGUUAAAAGGAAUUGGUGCGGUUGUUUAUAUUCAUGCACCCAUUAUGAAUAGUUAGUUUGCAAAUUUUGGAUAGCAGUCAUGUUUAACUUAAUUUUAGUGAAGGUAAGGUUAAGUUGGUAAUCAACGAUUAACUGUUUACUUUUAGUUUAUUCAUUGACGGCUAGAGUACGCCAAUGGUUCACUGUACGCUAUAUGUGAUUUAGACUAUAUUAACGUAUAUUUAACAAAUUUAUUAAUUUAAUUUGGUUUUGUCUCUUUUUUUAUCUGUACUUGUUAAUAUUUGUACGCACAGUUGAAGGCAUUGAGACAAAGUGAAUUCCCAAAGGUAUUCGUUUGAUGUGCUACCUAUCUUUUAUUAUUUGUCUCGCUAUCCUUUUUUUAAUUUCUAUAUUUAACUUUGAGUCUGAGAAUUUUGCUGAGUUUAUAAAUAUAUUUUAUGUCAGUAAAUGUCUGUAAUAACAUUUUAACGGUGCGCUUAAACGAUGCAUAGAUAACUUACCAUUCUAUUUAUAACCAUUUUGUGGUAUUCAAAUAUAAUGUUUUACAUCAA